AUGUCUUCAGACGGCACCUCUGCAGCGGACCUGCGGCAUAGGCUCGACAAUGAGGCUCUAGGAAGAUACCUUGUCCAAACUGGUGAUAUCCCUGGUCUUGUGUUGCCGCUGGUAACCACAAAGGUUGGCUACGGACAAAGCAACCCCACCUACUUCGUUGAUGACGCGGCAUGCAAGAAAUAUAUCUUGAGAAAAAAGCCGGCGGGGAAGUCUAUCAGCCCUGUGGCCCAUCAGAUCGAUCGGGAGUUCAGAGUCCUCAAAGCGCUUGGAUCUGUACCCGGCUUUCCAGUGCCCAGGGCGUAUACUCUAUGCUCAGAUACAUCGAUCAUUGGCACUGAGUUCUACGUCAUGGAAUUCGUCAAAGGGAGAAUCAUCACCGACGUAAACAUGUCAGAGCUUUCGACGACUGAUAGACGAAAAGCCUGGUUUUCUGCCGUUGAAACCCUUGCAUGGCUUCACUCUCUUGACCCAGAGGCAAUCGGUCUUGCAGGAUACGGUAAGAAGCAAGGCUUCUACUCUCGGCAUUGCAGCACCUGGAGCCGCAUCGAGGCUCAGCAAGCUGCAAUCAAAGACCCGAACACUGGCAAAGUGCUCGGCCGUGCUCAUGAGAGUUACGACGAAGUGAUGGACUAUGUACGAGCCAACUUGCCUGGCGAGAGAUCGGCAAUAGUGCAUGGUGACUUCAAAUUCGAUAAUUUGAUCCUCCAUCCCACCGAACCAAGAGUAAUUGCGAUUCUCGACUGGGAACUAUCAACGAUAGGACAUCCUCUUAUGGAUGUUAUUUUCUUUUGCAGCCCGUUUCUCGACGACUAUGUCCAAGCUGGUAAGACCGCCCUGGCGGUAUCUGCACAGGAAUUUCCAUACAAGGCAGGAAAUCGAAAAGCCAGCGGAAUGCCCGAGCCGGGCGAGCUACUGGAUCGCUAUGCCGAGAUAGUGGGAUACGAUCUUCGCAAGGAUCGAGGGGGCAAGGAUUGGGAAGUCGGUGCCAUUUUCCACUAUAUCCGAAGCGGCACUAUUAGCCAUGGCAUUCAAGCCCGGACAAUGAGCGGUCAAGCAAGUAGUGAGUUUGCUCACCUCUUUUUUGAAAAGACCAAGGCAUACCUGGAUGCGGCUGUUCAACGAGUCAAAAGACUGAAAGAGGAAAGCAAGAGCGGGUCUAAGUUGUAA